AUGAAAUCGGGACACGCAAAGGCCCCUCGUGCCAAUCCAGCCUGGCCCGCGGAUUCCAACGGCGCAACUGUCGUGAAGUCGACGACGACAACAACGACCAACACCCCUCCUCCAUCGGUCACCGAAGGAACGCCCCGGAAGAAGGCAACGACGAAUAAGCUCCCCCGCCGGACCGACACGGCCGACGCCCCGACUCCGGCCUCGUCGUCCGCCACCCCAGCGACUCUGGAACCCACCACCAACGGCCACAGCCACCACGGAACUGCGGCAACCAACGCGAACGGAAACAACGCCACCAAACCCAGCCGGAAGCGAAACUCGUCCCUCAGUGGUUCCAAAACCUACCUACAGAUCAUUCACGAAGCCAUCCUCGCUCUCGGUGAUCGCACCGGCUCCUCCAUUCCGGCCUUGACCAAAUGGAUCCUUCAAGAAUACCCGCAACUCGACGGGCCACAGUUUAAAAAUAGAAUCCUGCAAGCCGUCAAGUCGGGAACCAAAGCCGAGCGCUUCCAAAAGGUCAAAUGCAGUUACAAAAUUGCCGCCGUCUUUAAAGAAAAGGAACGCCAAGCCGCCCGCAAGAAAAAGAACGCCGUUGCCGCCGCGGCCGCUGCCGCCGCCAAGAAGAAAAAGAAAGCCGCCACGCCCCCCACCCUCGCACAGACGCAGGCCGCUCACGAACAAAAACUGGCCCAGCUACAGAAAUCCUUGUCCCCCGAAGCCCUCGCCCGCAAAAAGGUUGAUCUCGCCCGUCAGGAAGAAGCCACGCGACAACGACUCCAAGCCGAAAAGGUUGCCAAAGAACGCGCCGAUCGUCUCCGCCGACGGCGCUUUCCCAUGGAGGAUACCCGCUUGCAUCAGGAAGACGCCGAAUUGCACGUCAAACCACCGGCGGAUGUCUUGGCUCGACCGUAUUUGCCCUACUUUUGGUAUAUGACGACUGAUCUACACGAUCCAUCCCGCCACGGCAAAACAUCCUCGCAAAUUUUACAAGCGUCCAAAGUAGACGGACUCGACACGGGGAAUCACGGUUUGGUGCCGGAUUUGUUGGGCGUCUACCACUUUUUUCGAGGGGAUGUACAAUUUAGGAUUCCGGACGAACGGGAGCUCGUGCCCCCAUUUUCGCUGGCGCAACUCGUGUUUGCGACGGAACAGAUUCUGAACGGUAACGCCAAGCGAUCGCGCAUCGUUCCACCCUUACUGAGUUCCUUAUUUUGCACUUGCUUGCAAAUUUUGUGUAGAGCUCCGGAAGACACUGCCGAAAAAACGUCACAAACGCAACUCCAAAAGGACCUGCACCGGUACCUGGCUCCCGCGCUGACUCCGGCGAGCUGGGCCGACGUACUCUACCUGUACAUGGACGCCAUGGAAAGAUUUUACGCGACGGAUGCUUCACGAGACCCGAACGUUUUGCCACCGCUGCAGAUUGACGUCGAAUACUUGUUGGCCGUCCGCGACGACAUUGUCGUGCCCAUGACACCGGCGACGACCGUAAAGGGCAAAAGUAGUGAAACGAAUUUGAAUCCUUUGCCCGGCGGUUACUUUGCAUAUCUGGGGGACCCGCGCGGAAUCUUGUUUCGAGCCUUUAGCAAACUGGGUCGACAGGAUCCUUGGUUGUUGACGGCGGAAGAAUUGAUAGUCCUGCUACGGGUUCUGACAGAUGAUAUCCUGGCGUCCCACCCUGCCAUUAGCCAAGACGUGGCCGCUCGGGAGGAAGAAAUGCUCGCGUUGUCCAAGGCGAAGCGUGCGGCGGAUACUAAACUUCGCAAAGUACGGCUGGCCUUUGAAGGCCCCAAGAAACCGGCGACUGCUACUGUGAAAAAGCCGGAAGAAAACAAGGAAGUGACCAAGGACGAAAAGACGUCCGAGACGGAGAAUCAGAACGGCAACGAAGACGAGAAAGAAGAAAUUCUGUUCAAGCCGACGGCUACGCAGAAGCAAUUGGAAUCGGCUGUGAAAGCCCAGCAAAAAGCGAGCGAAGCUUACGAAAAGGGUAUUCGCAAACUGACGGCACGAACGGAGCCCAUAGGUUAUGACCGCAAUUUCAACGCUAUCUAUUGCUUUCGACACGAUCCUGAGGUCUUGUACGUGGAAGAUUUACGACAGCCUUCAACUGUAGCGAACCAUUUGCCACUUGACAUGCAAUUUAAGCGUCGUUCAUGGCACUUGAUUGAGACUACAGCCUUGUUUGACUCAUUUACGGGGAGUCUAGACAUUCGAGGAAGAAGAGAGCAUGACUUGUACGAAGAACUCGUUGGCCCACAGGGAGCUCAGCAGUCGCUUCGUCGUUUCUUGCAUGACAAUAUGAAAGAGCAAAAUGAAGCAGUCGCACGAGUGCGAGAACUGGAAUCGCUGAAAAAACGACUGGAGGUGGCUAGAGUCAAGUGCGACGAAGAACAAGGGCGUAGAAGCGGGCGUUUGGCAGGACAGGCGGGAGAAGAGCUGAGCUCUCUCGAGUUCCAAAUUGAGAUUCUCGAAAGCAGGAUUAACGGCACGUCAGCACCAGAGCCGCGUGAUUACGAGGAGUUGACAGGUUUGACUCUGCUUCGCAAAUUUGAUUCAAACAGUGGCAUGGGAGCUCGUCGAACCCGUGAGCAGAAACAGCAAACCAAGACCCACAACCUGCCGAUUUUACCUUGCAGCAAGAUGUGCGGCACCGGCAAUAUUGACGGUACAGGAUUGGUUGGCCUUUUGGUAUCGGGACUACUAGAGGUCGAGGAAAUUUGCGAAACUCUUGCCCCAUGGGAGCGCACAGACACAACGCGAGGCGAGUGGGUAGCUCGUUUGGAGAAUGCUGUUCAUACAUGGAAUGCUGUCAGUCCCAUGGUCCUUGGUUUAGCGGAUGCGCCGCCGAUGAAAGUUAUUGGCUCACCGGCUCAGUCCAGCCCUCCAAACGGGUCUUCGGGUGUACAACGUAGCGCCAGACGCACAUCUCUCGAUAGCUUGGAGUCGGCUUCGAAGAAACGCAAGGUUGAGACUCCUCCUCCAACGUCAACGACUUUUCAUUCUGCUGCCAAUAUAGUUUCGAUGAUUCGCCAACCUCUGAUUGAUCUUGAAGCCCGUGUAGCGGCCAUAACAAAUCUAGACGUGGCGAGCAAAGAUGCGGAUAUCGCCGACGAUAACUUGUCAACGGAUGGGUCAGAAGACGAUCAAGCCAUCAAGGAAAAACUAGAGCGCGCUUGGAAAAGGCAAAUACACCGUCUACGCAAUACACUGACCCACCGUUACGGUCAAAUUCGUGAAUUCUUAGUUGCUGCGAUUGCGGCAGCUCGCAAGGCCCAUGUGCCAGAAGUAGUAGCCGAGCUCCGGGCGGCUCUCUUACAAUAUCAUCCUGGAGCCGCUUCCGAGUGCAAGUAUGCAGCAAUCAAGGUCUUGCUCGCACACGGCGAUUACGAGCCCGACGAAGACGAGGAAGAAGAAGAGCAAUAUGACGUCAGGGAGGAAGGAGACGAAGUGGAGAUUCCAUCGGUGAUUUGCGCAGAAGCUGCGAUGCUCGCUAGCAGCCUAGAUGGGUCCGAGGACGCCACGCGAGCGGAUUGGAUAGAUUCCGUCAAGGCGUGCAAGACAAUCUCGCGGUUAGCUUCAUUGGUCGGGGCCUUUGUCAAGAAUGCGCAAGAUAAGAUGGGAAAGCUAGAAGACGAACGGGACGACUUGUUGGCGGCUAUUAAGACAUGGGAGAAGGAGGAAGAACGCCGAGUCAAAAAUCGCGGCGGCAAAAAGCCAGUCGGUCGACCCACAAAAGAUAGUGUUGGACCCUCGGAAGUGUGGGCCAACGUGCGUUUCUCGGACGAGAUUUGUAUGGCCAAGGCGGAAAACUGGCCUUGGUGGCCAGCUCGCAAGUGUACGCCAAAGGACGGUUCUUUGGCUCGAUCUUUGGCCGGUCUUGAUCGCUCUUUGGUUGCGCUUAUCGGUGAAAUGGGAGGACUCCGGGUGGUUAAAACUGAGAGUAUUAAGGCUUUCUCGGGAACGCUGGUGGAGGACGAGGACCUUGGGCAGUACAACAAGAGCGUUCGAUCGCAGUUGGAUGAUUGUAUGGCCAUGGGUCGUCGUAUUGCGCGCGGGAUGGAAAAGAAGCGAUAG